AUGAAGCGCUUCGAGUCUCUACCGCAAGGGGUUCUACUACGAGACCGCUUGCAGAGUGACGUCCUCUCUUUUGCGGGGAUGCAUUUGGAGCGAGCUCUAGUCCGUCUCCUUGAUAAUUGUAGCGCAGGAGCCGAUCGAGGUUUAGCAAAUCAUUUGCUCGCAUCUUCUAUUUUUAAGCAGGGUUGUUGAAAUAUUUCAUUUUAAGUAUUUACAUGCUGAUGCUCUCCUCCCUGGUUAAGAUUUAGAAAAUUUCUCUUGAAAAAUGAAAUGUUUCAACCUUUAAUUCUACAACUACUGGCACUGAAAGCGCGGAGAACGGCGCUUCGGCUUCCUCCUUAGAAGUGAUUAGAGUCACUGUCACAAAAGCGCUGGCUUUACUCACGGCUUAUAGCCAGAAACGCGUGAGCAUUUUUGGGCACGAGUCUACAGUGCGAGCCUUGACGUCC